GCAUUUUGUCAUUGAUCGGUUGAUUUCUAACAACAUGGCGGAAUUGUAAUCAGUUGAUGUUAUCGUGUGAUUUUAGUCAAUAAUAUUUGAAAUAAAGUUCAACUACUUGCCUAUGCAUAACUUACGGUUCGCGAAUAAUACUAUCGGCUAGGUUUCUGCUUUUGUGUCUUGACAAAACUAGUUGUAUUGAUUCUAAAACACCAUUUACAGGUGAAGUGCCUACAUGCAGUAAGUCUGAUCGUAAAAUUGAAAGAGCAUUGAACUUGAUCUAUGAUAUAGUUAUGCCUAGAAGAGGUACCGAGGUGGCGCAAUUGCCGCUGCCGCCUAAAAAGAAGAAGGCUUUAGAAGAGCCUCCAAGUCUGGAUGUUAGUUUCUGCGAGUUAGACGAAGCAUUGCCGCCCGGCAUAAUCUUUACAGAUGUUCAGCAGAAAAAAUGGCGAAUCGGCAAGCCUAUCGGGAGAGGAAGCUUCGGGCGUAUCUACCUAGCAUCUGACGAUACAGAUGCAGAAGUAACAAAAGUGAAUGCCAGAUAUGUGGUCAAGAUUGAGCCUCAUUCGAACGGGCCCCUGUUUGUGGAGGUACACUGUCUUAUAAGGUCCGCUCAACUUGCUAAAGUUAAAUCGUGGCGCCAAAAAUGCAAGCUGAAACGCCUGGGUAUGCCCCUGUACAUUGCGAGUGGCUCCUUCACAGACAAAAACACCGGCACAAAGUACAGAUUCCUAGUGCUCCCCCGCUACGACAUAGACCUGCAGAAAAUCAUUGCGCGCACCAAAGUUCUAGACCUGAAAAACGUACUUGUAUUGGCGCUGCAAAUAUUGGAUGUGUUGGAAUAUCUACAUAGCCAAGGAUACACACAUUCUGAUAUCAAAAGCUCCAAUCUGAUGCUCGGUUUCGACGGCUCUAAGUUUGCCAAACAAUCUACAAAAGUGACAGCGUCAUUCCAGAAAGAUACUAAGGAGGUUGCCGUACUGUCAGGGAAACAUAGACGUGCAAAGAGUGGAAAAGCAAGAAGUUCCAACUAUUAUGAUGAUGAAGAUUUUAUAGUUAAAGACUAUAAAAGCUCUACUUCAAACGGGCAAAAUGAGACUGAUCAAAGACUGGCCAAUGUUAAGAAGAAGUUGAGGAAAAUUCUUUCAGACAGAGAUAACAGAACUCUCCAUAGACAUCACGCAUUCAACCUGAGGCAGAUAUCGAAUUACGUAAAUUAUGAAGACUUGAACAGCUCAGUCUGUUCAGAUCAGUCUUAUCAGAAGCUCCUUGACGAUUUUGGUAAUAAUUUCAUUCGUAAUGAAGCCAAUAAGUAUGCUGAAACUAAUAUGGACGAGUUACAGAAAGAAACAGUGUUAUCCCAGUCAAAUGGACAGAUUUACUUGUUGGACUACGGAUUGGCGUCGAAGUUUCUAGACUCCGAUGGUAGACAUAAAGAAUUUGGCAUGGAUGCAAGGAAAGCACAUGAUGGGACGAUGGAAUAUAGUUCGCGGGAUUCGCAUAUUGGCGCGCAUUCCCGAAGAUCUGACUUGGAAACAUUAGGGUACAAUGUUAUUGACUGGCUGACGGGGACGUUACCUUGGAAAACAGCUGAAGUCCUCGCCGAGCCAGACUUAGUGCACGCAUUGAAGAAAAAUUUCAUGAGUGAUAUAAAUUCUUUACUAAAAACUUGCUUCAAGACUGAGUUUUACCCGCAAUUUAUGGAGAAGUUUCUACAAUACGUAGUGAGCUUAGGUUUCACAGAUAAACCAGAUUAUGACUACUGUAGGAGUCUGUUUAGGAGUGAAUUACUCAAAAAUGGUGAGAAAGAUAUAUUUUUGAACUUUGCAGAAGCUCCGAUGUCGCCGAUGAAGCGUUUGUCGUACGCAAAGAGAUUUGGCAGGAAAAAUAUGCCUGCAGAACUCAUAAGAAAUGGCAUUAAGAAAGCGUAUGAGAGAGAAAACUUACAUUCUCUUGAAAACGAUCUAAAGUUAGAACUUUUGAAGCAAACACUAAAUUCUUCAAGUGAUGGAAUCCGAAAGCCGUGCACAUCGAGAAAUUUCUUUAUAUCCGAUGCGGAUUUAGUUGCUCGCCUCAAAAAAUCUCUUAUGCCUUUGGAUAUCAUGGGCAAGAAGCUGUCGCCUAAGAAUUUGAGAUCCAAAAAGAAGAUACAGAAGCGCAAAGGCGUGAGGAAGCAUAGAACUAGCAUCGGGAAGUUUGGAAAUUUCAUGGGAUCAGCAAGACAGUUUACUUGGGCCGAAAUCUUAGCUGGUAACCCAGAAGAUAUUAUCCGUAAGGAACGGGCGGUCACUGUUAAUGAAGAUGAUGAUGACAGUACAUGCAAAUACAGAAUCAGGAAGCUUUCCGAUGCCUCGUCAGACAGUAACGACCAACAGUCUCCGUUGAUGCAAAAAGAUUAUUUGCAAUCGUUAAAUCCUACUUACGCAAUGAAAGAAGUCAUUGCAAAUUUCAAGAAACGGGCUGCAGGAAAAUUUAGCAAAGAAUUAGAAGAAAAUGAUGAACAUUUAGUGGGGUAUACGCCGGCAAUGGUUAAAAUUUAUAGGUUGAAAGAGAAAAGGGAAGCGAAAGAGAAGGAAGCUUUGAAAUUGCAGAAUACGUCUAAAAAGGAGGCAGGCAAAGACAACAAACCAUCGAGUAAUGUGCAACCUAGACUCACAAGGUCUAUGAGAAGCAAUGGACGGAUAUCCAAGAGCGUUAAGAAAAAAGUCCCGGUUAAAAAGAGUACUUACAAAGAAGUGUCCAAAUUAGAGGAAUGUGUGUCAAAGAAAAAAUGUAGUAGCAGCAAAUCAAGUCCGAAAUUGGAUGGUUUAAAGAAUAAUGAUAGGACGAGAGAGAGAAAAGUUUCAGGCAAGAGGGAAAUUGUUUCUGUGGAGAAAUUGCCAGGCAAAAUUAAAAAAACACCAAGAAGCACGGUCAGUGUUCCUACCAACAGAAGAAGACUACGUAGCAGCAAGCGUACACGCAAAUAAAAAAAAAUUAACCGCGCUACUUUUGAGUAUCAAAUGGCCAGUGCCGCGAAAGAAUAAUUUUUUUUUAAACAACCAGAGCAAAUAUUUUAGCGGUAUGAAUUUUUAAAUCAUGCCGCCUUUUGAAUUUAGAAUAUGUUCAAGCAGCCUUACUAUAGCAAUAAUAAAUGUUAACUUUUAUUGAUAUUUACACAUGAAAAUAUGGAUUUCAUACCGCUUAAAGAAUCAUUAUUUGUUCUUCCUGUAAAUGUUGUGCCGCCUCUUUUUCUGAUAUGUUGUACAAAUAUAUUGCAGGAUGUUUUAUAUUAUGUGGAGGAAAUUGUGAUCUUAUAAACGCCUUUGUGACAUAGAAGUUGUGGUUUAAAAGACAACAUAAUUCGUCUCCGCAAUAUAUUGGCAAAAAUGAACACAAUAGAAUAGGAUAACGUUGUAAUUAUUUUGCCGUUUUAAGGUUUAUAAAAAAACACGACAUUCAUUAAUAAUAAUAAUACCACUCUCUCGAAGACAAAGAAAACUAAAAAUAAGGAGCCAACAUAAUAAAUAAGAUGCGGCAAAAUAGGCAUUGAAAAACUGUUUUGCUUUAUAUUGUAUGAGCGAAAAGACUAUACUUUUCUCCGCAUCCCUCUUUACAUCUUUCCAACAAAAUUGGUUCAUUCGUUUGAGAGCUAAAUGCUACUCAAACUUGAACCCCCCAUUUUGCGUCAGGAGUUAAAAUAUCUGUGGCAAAAGACUUCAAUAUUUUUACUUGUAUAUUUAAGAAUGUUUCUCAUGUGUAGGUCUAAGUGUCCUGGUUUAUGAAGCUUCCCACCACUGUUUUAUAUCAUUUAAAACCAUAAAAUGAAUACCCGACUGUGAUUAUUUGAAAUGUGUUAGUGUGUAUAUUAUAACAUUAUUGACGCUGUGUUAAAAUAGGAACGGUUUUUAUAUUCAAUCGUGGCCUCUAUGUGGCCAGUAUCAUUUGAAAUUAAAUAGAUCAAAAACUAAAAGAAUAUUUUUUUUAGUAGUUAUGCUAUACACAGCUUAAAAUUAGACGAGCGAUUUAUGCGUUAUUAUAAAUUUGGGUCUUGCUUUUUAGGCCUCAAAAUUUUUAGGGCUUUUAAAAAUUUGUUUGCAUUUAGUGAAGAAAUGAGAAUACCUUGGCUGUUCUUAAGCCGAUUUUCCUCUAAUAUUACUUUAUAAUUUUCUUGUGUAAUUAAUUCUUAGAUGAAUAAAAAAUUUUGUUAUUCAAA